AUGAAGAGCGUUGUUUUCCCCGAGUUCACCGUUCAGUGUCCACGGCGAGAUGGCGCAAAGUACAUGUCGCUCUCCGAUACAUUCUCUGGAGAGUUCGAGUUCCCUGUGCCUAUCACUGAUCGUACUCGAAACGAAUUUUUCGAACAUUACAAGUUGCAGGGAGCUUCACACUUUUUCGUCUAUGUGAUAAACGUGGAUGAGUACAGUAACAUCCUGUUGCAUGAUUAUGUUCGAACUGGUGAAGUAGAGCUUAUUUACUUGCACGACAGAUCCACAAGGACUGAUAAUUGGUGGCAUAUUGUUCAGAUUCAGGAUUGCCUGAUCCGCUCUCGUGGUUACUCAAGCUGGGUAGCAUUCGUUGAUCUGGAUGAAAGGUUAUUACCCACCGAAUAUACAGGAACGCUAAGUGACUACCUCAAGAAUUUGUCAAAUCCCAAAAUUGGAGCCCUUCAAUUCCGACAGCGAUGGAUCCUCAGGAAUGACACCUUACCAGAUAAAUACGUGGACAGAGAACAGGUGAGCGGAAUGGAUGCCGACGAAGAGAUAUCACAACACGUCACAUGUCGGUCCAGCAGGUCAUACGACCAAGUGUAUCGUUGA